UCCAUUCAUUAGUACAUCAUCAUUUUUAUUAUACAGGAUUUAUACAGCGCCAGCAGUGUGCUCAGCGCUUUACUGCAGAGAUGUCACCUCCACAACAUCUCCAUCUUGACUAUUGUAUCUCCCUCCUCAUUGGCCGACCUCAUCGCAGGCUAUCCCCUCUUCAACUCAUCCACCUUACUAACUCUGUAUGUGCCACCCCUCUCUGCCAAUCCCUCCACUGGCCUCCACUCAGUGUCCUCCACCCCUCUCUGCCAAUCCCUCCACUGGCCUCCACUCAGUGUCCUCCACCCCUCUCUGCCAAUCCCUCCACUGGCCACCAUUCAGUGUCCUCCACCCCUCUCUGCCAAACCCUCCACUGGCCACCAUUCAGUGUCCUCCACCCCUCUCUGCCAAACCCUCCACUGGCCACCAUUCAGUGUCCUCCACCCCUCUCUGCCAAUCCCUCCACUGGCCUCCAUUCAGUGUCCUCCAUCCCUCUCCAUCAAUCCCUCCACUGGCCAUACAGUGUCCUCCACCCCUCUCUGCCAAUCCCUCCACUGGCCUCCACUCGGUGUCCUUCACCUCUCUCAGCCAAUCCCUCCACUGGCCACCAUUCAGUGUCCUCCACCACUCUCUGCCAAUCCCUCCACUGGACAUUCAGUGUCCUCCACCUCUCUCUGCCAAUCCCUCCACUGGCUUUCAGUCAGUGCCCUCCACCCCUUUCUGCCAAUCCCUCCACUGUCCUCCACUCAGUGUCCUCCAUCCCUCUCUGCCAAUCCCUCCACACAGCAUCCUCCACCCCUCUCCACCAAUCCCUCCACGGGCCU